AUGGCGUCCGUUUUUAAAAAAAUUCAACAGGACAUCGAUGCCAAAAUCCACAAGACCAAAGAGUUUCUCUCUCAUGAAAAAGACUGGCACAAUCUUUCCGGAUCUGUACAUCUGACUACCGAAAAAAUCUUCCAUCCGCGUACAGUCGAUGACUGUAAGCGCGUCGUUCGCAAAGCAGCCAAACAUUCCAAACAUAUCCGUGUCGCUGCAUCCGGUCACGCCUUCUCUUCCCUCUGCAGUACUAAAGAUUACCUCAUCAUCACCAACAACUUGACUAAAAUCACCAUCUCCGCGCAUGAGAAAUAUGGUCACGUUGUCAUCGCUGAGGCAGGAGCAAAGUUGGGGAACAUUGAAAAAGCACUGAGUGAACAUACUCCGCCACUGAUGCUGAAAACUGGAGGCCUGUUUAAAGAACAAACGGUUGGUGGGGCCGUUAGUGUUGGCGCGACAGGAAUGCAAGUGAGCAGCGCAAGUAUUUCGGAUGAUGUUGUAGCAUUGAAGGUGAUUACAGCGGAUCAACAGGUAGUUGAUUUCACCGAAGAGAAAGAUCCAUUGGAGAUGAAUGCGGCUAGGUUAAGUUUAGGCUUGUUCGGCAUAAUCCAUACCGUGACACUUCGCACACGUCCGCUUCAGCAUGCCCUUUUAAUAGACUCUGUCCUUCCUCUGUCUAAUACCCUGAAUGAGACCAAUAUCUCUUCGCUUAUUUCCUAUAAGGAAGCCUUGGAACUUGUCUACUUUCCAUUUAGUUCUCCGACCUUCACUGUUGCUGACGACGUCAUCUGGGUCCGAUCAUUGGUAAAAACAGAUGAAACUCCUUCCAAUGAGAAGAUAGAAGAUACAUUGUGGGGGAACUACAACGUGAAGUUCAAUGAACCGUUAUUCAGAUUUAUUGUUAACAAUCCAAGCGCGACGCCGCAUUUAGUGAACCUGUUAUUUAAAGCGGGAGUCAAGGAAAAGAAAAUUGUGGUGGCCGGAGGAGAAGCGUACUCUUUGAACGGAACAAUAGAUAGUGUGCAAUACGUUGGUGUGGAGUUUGUGAUAAAAGUUAAUGGGUACAGGACUGUGGUUGAUGCCUUAAAUGAAGUCGUCGGUAAGGUAAUGUCAACGCGGUACAAUCUGACAAGUUAUGAAGACAUGACAAGAGCGCAGGGAAAGUCAAAUAAUGAAAGAAAGAAAAUCUACGAACGUGCUCAAAAGGAUGAAUUUCCGAUCAAUUUGCCAAUUAGGAUUCGUUUCAUCAAAGCAUCCCAGGCGUUACUAUCACCAUUAUAUGAUAGUAACCCUUCAACUACGUUUGCCGUUAUUGAUCUCAUGUCUGUGAGGGAUACUAAAGGCUAUCAAGACUUUGUUGAUUCUGUCAGUCAGACUUGGGCCAAGAAAUAUGAUGCUCAUACCACUUGGUCGUCUUAUUGGGAAAAAAUUCCAGAAAUUUUCCCUCAGACCCGUGCUAGUCUUGGUGAUAGACGCAACCAGUUUAACAAGUUUAGAACAAAGUAUGAUCCGAAUGGAAUGUUCUUUGAUAAUGAGAGCUUGAAGAGAGUAUUACUUGGUGCUGGUGACGAGGCUAAUCUUGAUGAAGAGUGA